GAAAAAUAAACAGAAACCAUCGUAAUAAUAAAAUAAACCCCCCCAAAAGGGAAGAACCUUCCUACAGGACAUAGAAUGGUUGAGCGGAGCGUUAUUUUCUCCCUCUCUUUUCAAGGAUCUUUCACUCAGGGAGUUGCCAGUAAUGAGGAUUCGUUCAAAAAUGCCAGGACGCUGCGCAGAGGUCAGUCAAGAAGGAUGAAGGAAUAAAGAAGCUCUGCACUUUGGCAACGAGAGAGAACAGAUUAAGAAACAGACUUUCGGGGCUCACGAUGACCACUUUUUGAUGGGAGAGGGAGGGAUGGGGAGGGCCGGCCCGAAGUGCAAGAAAUACCCCCAAUUCACUGGAGUCGCCUCUCAGGUCAAGUCCGGACAGUGACAGAAGGAAAUGAUAUCUCUUCCUAUCCGAGAACAUUGCAGAACCUGCCGAUUAAAGGAACGGGACGGAGAAAAGCCAGCGAACCUUUCUCAUUAACUCUUCCGAUGCGGCCCCCGAGGAAAAAAAGGAAAAGCGCAGCCUACGGGGAACUUCAGUGCAAGUCUCCGAGCAAGGCAAAUCACGUGACAAAGCCGGCCCCGCCCCCUGCCUCUGGAUCCGAGGAGUGUCACGUGAUCUCGGGGAUCGGUCGGGAGAGUCCACGUGGGCGCCUUCCGGAUGGGAAUUUUAGAUCCAGAAUGGCUGAGAAGAAACCAUCCCGCGGGCAACCAUGGCUGCUAUUAUUGAUCGUUGCUGUUGCCUUCAUUCACUUAGUUGUGUGCCCAUUUACAAAAGUAGAGGAGAGCUUUAAUCUACAAGCCAUACAUGACAUUUUGUAUGAAAAGCUGGAAUUAGAUAAGUAUGAUCAUCAUGAAUUUCCUGGAGUUGUCCCAAGAACAUUCCUUGGUCCAAUUUUUAUUGCUCUUCUUUCCAGUCCAGCUAUCUAUAUAUUGUCCCUUUUACAAAUGUCAAAAUUCUACUCCCAACUGAUAGUCCGAGGAACCCUAGGCUUGACUGUGAUUUAUGCCUUAUGGCGGCUACACAAAGAAGUGAGAAAGCAGUUUGGUUUUACUGUAUCCCAGAUUUUCUGCCUAAUAUCAGUUACUCAAUUCCACCUGAUGUUUUACUGCACUCGUACCCUCCCCAAUAUAUUUGCACUGCCUAUUGUUUUACUAGCAGUUACAUCUUGGAUACAACAAAAGCACCGCCCGUUUAUUUGGUUCUCGGCUUUGGCAAUCAUUGUCUUCAGAGCAGAGCUUUGCAUAUUCCUGGGCCUUAUGCUGCUGAUAACUCUAUUUAAUAAAAAACUCUCCAUUACGAAAAUGUUUUUCUAUGCUGUUCCUGCAGGGGCUUUUUGGUUAGGACUCACAGUGGGUGUGGAUUCUGUGUUUUGGAAGCAGCUCUUGUGGCCUGAGGGAAAGGUACUUUGGUAUAACAUUGUCUUAAAUAAAAGCUCCAACUGGGGAACCUCCCCUUUCUUGUGGUAUUUUUACUCUGCCUUGCCUCGGGCUCUGGGUUGCAGUAUUGUAUUUCUACCACUAGGAGCAGUAGAUCGAAGAUGUUGGAUGUUAAUUCUACCUUCACUUGGUUUUAUUUCCUUGUAUUCCUUUCUCCCACACAAAGAGCUGCGGUUUAUAAUAUACACAAUUCCAGUUUUGAAUAUAGUGGCUGCCAAAGGCUGCUCACGAAUUCUAAACAAUUACAAGAAAUCAUGGUUAUACAAAUUAGGCACUCUGUUUGUUAUAGCACACAUUUUCGCUAAUGCUGCUUACUCAGGAACAUCACUCUAUGUGUCCCACUUCAAUUACCCUGGAGGAGUUGCUAUGCAAAAACUACACCAGCUGGUACCUCCAACAGCAGAUGUUUCUGUCCACAUUGAUGGGGCUGCGGCACAGACUGGUGUGUCUCGAUUUUUAGAAGUCAACUUGGAUUGGAAAUAUGAUAAAAGGGAAGACCUCAAACCAGGCGACCCACUUAUGCUCUUAUAUACACAUGUACUUAUGGAGAUGAAUUCAGCUCAACUGUCACAUUACAAGACAACUCACAAAGUUCUUGUGCAUAUUCCUGGCACCAGUGGAAUUGGGUUGAAUUUUACGGCACUGCCCCCUAUUACUUUAAAUUUGAAAACCAAACUAGUAUUGUUGGAAAAGCUCCCCGUUUCUUUUGGAAAAUAAACGUUAACAAGUUUGAAAUAGUUUUUCCUAAGUUGUGUUGCACUGAUUCAAAACCUUGACAUGUCAAUGAAAGAUCAAUACUAUUUGAUCCUAUUCAUUUCAUGUACCUGAAAAACUUUCAUAUAAUAUAUAUUACAUGUAAUGCCAGCUAUAUUUCAAUACAAAGUACAUACAUUCAAGACUUUUUUCUACAGUUAUAUAGGAAAUCUACUAAAUAGUUGUCUUUAUGUAACACUAUAUGUGGUUUAAUGUUUUCACAUUGUUUUCUAUCAUGUUGAAAAAUAGCAUAAUGUGCUGUUUUGGACCAUAAUAUAAAAUUCAUAUGUCAAUAAAAAAAAAAUCUUAUACCUAAA